GUAAGAUUUAGUGGUCCCAUUUUCUGCGAUAGAUGCCUUUUCGCGAAGGGUGCCGUUGCACCAAAACAACCAGAACAAUGGUUGACUUUGCUGUGGCGGUGCACAUUGAUGACCAUGCACCGGGACAAUGCCUUCGAGAACCCCGACAGAAGACAGAAAACCAAGACCAAACAAACCAGAGACUACCAGAGACUGGACUCGGAUCAGCAGUCGAUAAUAACAGGCUUGGUCAUAUUCUCCACAAGCUGCAGGUAGUUCCGAAAUCAACACAGGUUACACGACGUCGAGAAUGAUGAGGAAGCAUGUUCUGUUUUCGACCCUCUCGAUGGCGUUGCUCCAAGGCGCUCGAGCAAAACUGUGCUUCAUGCUGUAUCAAAUGGCUGAUAAUAACCUUGAAUAUUACAUCCGUCAGGACUACCAGGAGCUGUCCAGUUCAGCAUUUGUUCGGAGCACGGACGCCAAGACUUGGGUAUAUCACGACGCAUAUGGAGGCCAGCCAUUGCCCAGUACUGUAGACUCUGUGGGACGAUCCAUCCCAGGAAACUCUGGAAGUAGCUACGUUACGUACGACCAUUCGCUGGGCAGAAUGCGUCUGGACACCACUCUCUCUGGCGAACAAAACUCAGAUACUGAGGCUGCAGUGUUGAACUUUUUGACCCACGCCAUGACAGACUGCUUGGCCAAUGGCUACGAUAGUCUCAUGGCUGUGUUCUCUUCCCAUGGAGGUGGGUUUGCUGGCUAUGGUGGGGAUGAAAACGUAAGGGCUCGUCACCGAUCUCUUCUACAACCCAAUCGUCAAGUGGCGUCUGCUAUUCGUGGGGCGUUGAGCAGCGUCAGUGGUGCACCUGAUAAGCUUGAUGUCAUUGGCUUUGAUGCUUGCCUGAUGCAAGCCUUGGGUGCGGCAGAUGAUUACAUGGAUGUGGCCCAGUACAUGCUGGCCAGCGAAGCAGUUGAACCUGGCCACGGUUGGGCGUAUGCCUACUGGACGAGUGCUUCUGAUUCUGUUUCGCUUGCUGGACAAGUGGUCAGCACCUAUCUCAGUCAGACGCAGGGUGGAGGCCAUCAAUCUCCGAAAGUACUCUCACUUAUUUCAUUUGAGGCCUACUCAACAUUUGUGGCUCAAUUGGAAGGCUUUGCUGCUGUGCUAUUGGAACGAAUUCAAACAGACCAGACGCUGCACGCGUUUGUUUCCAGAGCUCGAGCUAGCACGGUUGCCUUCGAAGGGAUUGUUGAUACUGUUGGCACGCACCAGCCAUCUGCCAUGGACAUCGGGAGCUUUCUGAAUGCGUUUGCUCAAAUGUGCAACCCUUCUGAAUCAUCUGACCUGGGGAGCGCCCUUACUGCAUUAAGAACUGCCUACAGCGACAUGAUGGUUGCUCACGGAGUUGGCCCUGGCACAGCUGCUGGAACCGGCAUGCACGUGACCUGGCCCCCACAGGGAGAGUACCAAAGGAACAGGGCACUAUGGGAUACCAUUCUGUUCACGAACCGACACUAUGCCACAAACAGUGCGCCGAACUUUCAAGCGUUCCUGGAAUACUUCCUAAGCGCAGCAACGCCAGGUUCCUCGGCGGGGGAUUCCGUGUGCCAAGUGGCAGCCCAGCCAGCAGGACAGCCUGUCAAUCCCAGCGAGCUGCUUUCUAGACCUGAAGCGAACAUUGAAAGCACGAAAGUUACACUGACGGCUCACAUGGCACCGCGAGUUGACCAAGUGGUUGUGGAAUAUGCUGUCGACUUGAGCUCUCCUUUGAAGCCGUUCCUGGAGGACCGUGGCUACAUACCAAGUGACAUCGAAUACUUGUAUCUGAAGGGUGGGGAUGUUAGAGGAUCCUACCAAGGUAACACUUUUGAAGCGGAGUGGAACCGAGACUUCUAUUUCCUCAACAUAACCGGGCAAUCCAAGUUCGAAGCCAUAUAUGUGCAGGAUCAGGGAGAUGGAUCCAAAGCUGUCCCCGUGAUGUACUUCCCUGAAAGCCAGAGGGAAGCUGCAUCCGCGAUGCAAUUCCUGGACUUUUUGUUCUUUGACUUUGAGUUCUGGGUGGAACAAGGAGCUCGAUACGGUUUUCUAACCUUCUCAGUUGAUCAAACAACUGGAGAGGUUGACAACAACCUUAUUCUCUUCACGAGUGAUGUUGGAGGCACUGCGUUUGCCGAGAAGUCUCGAUCGGACGGAGGAUUGAUAAUUCCUCUCAUCUAUGUGCAUGCAUUCAUUCAGGAUAGAAAGAUCGACACACUUCCUGGUGGAUUCAACCAGACGAUCAUUGAGUGGCGGGAAGAUCUUGAUUAUCAUGUCAUUGCCAGGAAGGCGGAUGUGAUCUUUGAUGUCAUUCCUUCCACGGAUGCGGUGGUUGCGACCAUGUAUGGAUUUGAUUUUGGAGAGAGCGAUAGCGCCCUCGAAGCUGAGUUCUUUGAUAUCAUCCGUCCUGAUCGGGGGGGCUUUGCGGACAUCGACAUUGCCACAGAUUCCUCGUCUGGCAUGCUCAAGACGUUGUUUGCUCUUGGCGUUGCCGCGAUUUUCUGCGUGCUCCAUUUGUGAGACAAAAGCAUCUUGCCCUGCUCGUUGGGGGGUUGUUGACGAAGCCCAUUCCCACUGAACUUCGAAGGACUGAAGAACAACAGCUGCGGUCUGCGUUUGCGUGCCCGCCGUAGGCUUGUUCGUGUUUGUAUGUUGAGGUGAAUCCGUGAACUUUACUUACACAAGAUAAACGAUACUACUAGAAUACUGAUGUGCUACC